AUGGUUAUGUCACAGAUUUUGAUUGUUGUCGGUAUAGCUGGAGGGGAGGAUGCCGCCAUAGAAGAUUUCCCGUACGUGGCAAGGAUUGAAGCUCGUGACAGAAAAGGUGAACCCUGGGAAGAUUGGUGCACUGCAGUAAUCCUCUCUGAAACGAGGCUUUUAACUAUAGCACGUUGUCUGGAAGAUCCGCUUAUCAACAGGCGGGUUCUAGCUGGUUUUUCUGACAUAUCAGAUCCUAAUAAACAAAUAAGAACGAUUAAACACAAGAAAAAGCAUCCACAUUUCGAUAGAAAAUUCAAAGAUAAAAACGAUGAUGCAUUAUGGGAAAAUGACAUAGCUGUUAUUGAACUGCAUACACCUCUCACGUUUGGACCGACAUGCAAAAGUAUACCUUAUUCAACAAGCUCAGAUUCUGUGAAUCUAGACAUGUGUCAAAUAGCAGGAUGGGGAGAAAUUGACAGUGAUGGAACAGAACCAGAGAACCUCCAAUUUGCAAAGGACAUUACAAUUCUGACCACAGAGGAAUGUAGGCAGCUUAAUACACCAACUAAAUUUGUAGAUACUCAGAUAUGUGUCAUUGACGAAAAUCGAAAAAUACAACCCUGCUUUAGUGACAAUGGUGGACCUUUGACAUGUAAAACAACAGAUGGCACUUCUGUUCUGAGUGGUAUUUUUGCAUGGCAGUAUGCUACCUGUAAUGGAAACAGGUCCACAGCAUAUACCAACAUUCCUCUUUACGCUUCUUGGAUUAAAAGGCAAACUGGCAUAGAAGGAUACCCUUUGAAUUAGAGAGAUACACAGAGACAACG